AUGACUAGAACUAACAAAUGGACCGUUCAUGAAUCAAGACCAGAUGCUAAAUAUUUCACUCACAAUGGUAAUUUUGGUGAAAACCCAGCCAAAGUUAAGAGAGAAGGUUCUGGUAAAGCCAAUUGGGGGAAAGCUGGGGAUGAAUUAACUGAUUUGGUCGAAUCAGGAGAAAUUAAGCCUGUAUUCAACAAACAAAGAAGAGGUUCCAACUCUCAAAAGAACCAAGAUAAAAUGAAAGAUAUUCAAGGAUAUCAUGUCUAA